GUUCCGUUUCCGGUUAGACGUUGUGUCUCCGUUUUCUAUUCCGGAUUAUCCCUAACUUUACUGUUCAAAAAUCAUACUCUUAGCAAUUUCGUCUUUGUUUCAGUGUUUACUGAAUUUCUUUUUUCUGGAUGCUGUACUGUUUAAAUUGACUGGUAUUUAUUAGCCAAGAUGUCUCUUUCCAAGCGAGAGUUGGAGGAGUUGAAACCAUGGGUUGAAAAGACAGUGAAGCGUGUGUUGGGAUUCUCUGAACCCACUGUAGUCACAGCAGCAUUAAACUGUGUUGGAAAAGGGAUGGACAAGAAGAAGACUGCAGAUCACCUGAAACCCUUUCUAGAUGAUUCCACCAUGCGAUUUGUUGAUAAACUGUUUGAAGCACUAGAAGAGGGGCGGAAUUCUAGGCACUCUAAAUCUAGCAGUGAUCGGAACAAGAAACGAGAGGUGAAGGAAGCAUUUGGAGAAGAUGGAGAAGCAUUAAAGGAGUCUUCCAGCAAGAAGCGUCGCAUCCCAAGAUUUGAAGAAGUGGAGGAACCUGAAGUAAUUCCUGGCCCACCUUCUGAGAGCCCUGGCAUGCUCACUAAAUUGCAGGUAGAACAGAAAAUGGAACAAGCAACUCGAAGUUUAAAAGUUGCUAAGAAAGAGUCAUCCAUGAAGUCCCCACCUGCACCCUACCCUAAGAGAACUGCUGUAUCACAGUCUGAACGCCUUCCUACUGGAAAUACUAUUCAUCCUUCACAGGCUGCCACCUUUAUGAAUGAUGCCAUUGAAAAGGCAAAGAAAGCAGCAGAACUGCAAGCACGAAUCCAAGCACAGCUUUCAAUGAAACCAGGACUGCUCAAUAGCCCCAAUUUGACUGGGUUGGCCAACCUCCACACUAUUCCCAUCCCACCCCCUAGACUGGAUCUGAAAGACCAGACAAAGCCUUCCCCACUAAUCUUAGAUGAUCAGGGUCGCACUGUGGAUGCCACUGGAAAAGAAAUUGAAUUGACCCAUCGCAUGCCAACUCUGAAGGCCAACAUUAGAGCUGUGAAGCGUGAACAGUUUAAACAGCAGCUGAAGGAAAAACCAUCUGAUGACAUAGAGUCAAGUGCCUACUUUGACCACAGGCUUUCAAUUAACUCUGCCACCCGUAUAAAACGGACCUUUAAAUUUCAUGAGCGGGGCAAGUUUGAGAAGGUAGCUCAAAGGUUACGAACAAAGGCUCAGCUGGAAAAACUUCAGGCUGAAAUUGCUCAAGCAGCAAAAAAGACGGGCAUUCAGGCAUCCACAAAGCUUGCACUUAUUGCCCCAAAAAAAGAACUUAAAGAAGGGGAAGUCCCAGAAAUUGAAUGGUGGGAUUCGUACGUCAUCCCCAAUGGCAUUUCACUAACACAAGAAGCUAUAUCAAAUACAUUAGAUUUCUUUGGAAUAACAACCCUUGUGGAACAUCCAGCUCAGUUGGGCCCUCCAGUUGACAAGGAUAAGCCUGUAACUCUUGGGAUAUAUCUCACUCAGAAGGAACAGAAGAAACUACGACGUCAGACUCGCAGAGAAGCACAGAAAGAGUUGCAGGAGAAAGUCAGAUUGGGGUUAAUGCCACCACCUGAGCCAAAGGUGAGAAUUUCUAACUUGAUGAGAGUCCUUGGUACAGAAGCUGUUCAAGAUCCAACAAAAGUAGAAGCUCAUGUCCGAGCACAGAUGGCAAAGAGGCAAAAAGCACAUGAAGAAGCGAAUGCUGCCCGCAAAUUGACAGCAGAACAAAGAAAAGAAAAAAAGAUAAAAAAGUUGAAAGAAGAUAUAUCCCAGGGAGUGCAUGUAGCUGUAUACAGAGUGAGAAGCCUUACUAACCCAGCAAAGAAAUUUAAGGUUGAAGCAAAUGCAAACCAGUUGUAUCUAACAGGAGUAGUGGUACUUCAUAAGGAUGUUAAUGUUGUAGUAGUGGAAGGAGGGCCUAAAUCACAGAAGAAGUUCAAACGUUUAAUGUUGCAUAGGAUUAAGUGGGAUGAACAGACUUCAGAUUCUAAGGGGAAUGAUGAAGAUGGUUCUGAUGAAGAAUGUGUGAAGAAAACAAACAAAUGUGUUCUGGUUUGGGAGGGUACCGCAAAAGAAAGAAGUUUUGGUGAAAUGAAAUUCAAGCAGUGCCCAACAGAGAGCAUGGCACGAGAGCAUUUCAAGAAACAUUCAGCAGAGCACUACUGGGACCUGGCCCUCAGUGAAUCAAUACUAGAAUGCUCAGAUGAAUGAGUGGGUUAAUAUAGUGUAGCCGGUCUACUUGUACUUAAACACCAGAACCAUUGUUGUACAUCACUGAAGCAGGACCUGACACAGCUUUAUCUAAGUACCAUACUGAAAGACAAGCUGUCGUUGACCACUUUUAGGCAUCAUCAAAGAAAUAGUUAAUAUGCAGUUGCCCAUCUGUCUUGAAGAUAAGGCUUUACAAAAUGUUAUCUUAUUGGGUGGAGCAAAGGAAGUCCUCGUGAUGAGAAAUUCUAAGUAUCUUGGGCCUCUGAAGAACAGAAACAUAGGAUUUACCUAUUUCUGUGUGAUGGAAAUUGCCUGCAUUUCUGCUAUUUCAGGAAAGCAUAUCUGAUUUAUCUGAAAAAUAUUAACUUUGUCAACUUAAAUAGAAUUGAUGUGCAUCAUUGGCUUGUUUUCUUCAAGAUGCUGGUAAUUCAGUGUAAAGCCUGGAAAACUGCAGCAAUGUGCAGCUCCCCCCCACUGCACUUAAUCUUUUAAUUUUUUUUUUCUACAGGUGGUUAUAGUUAGCUUUGGAAUCCAAAGUGUCUGAGCUUGUUACAAGAAGACGGAAAACUGAGACUUGGGUUUAUCUAUGUAUUUUAUAUAUAUAUAUAUAUAUAUAUAUAUAUAUAUAUAUAUAUAUAUAUACACACACACACACACACACACACACACACACAUACAUAUACCAACUUGCAGAUUUUUAGUACUCAGAAGGAUAGUUUGUGCAAAACUAAAGCUGAGACUAACCAGGCAGACUUAGACCCAGUUUUGAAACUGUUACUUGUAUAGCAGGGAUCUCCCCAGAUGAAAAUUUGUACAGAAUUUGGGUUAUCCAACCAACCCAUGCAUAUUAAAUAAAUUGUUUUACACAAACAA